AUGUUCCAUCGGUUUUUCAACUCUUCCUCAGAUCGCGAACGUACGACCAUCAACGACCUCCCCGAUGAAUUGCUGCUCAACAUUGGCGCACACUUCACAAAUCUAAAUCGCAAUCGGGAUCUUGGAAACCUCGCGCUUACAUCCAAGAAAUGGAAGCCUAUUGCGCAGGAAUGGCUGCUCAUAGAACCAAGGUUCAAUCUCACUUUCAUUGAUGGGUAUAUGUGGGAGAUGGGUCAUCGGUCGCACUUGCUGUCGCGCGUCAAGAAGUUGGAAAUCUGGAGUCGCAGUGAAGGAAGAACUUCAAAGACAAGACAUGUUAAUCGCAUCGGAGUAUACGUAUACCUUACCGACGUCAUCUAUAACCCAACCCCCGCUCCAGAUCGCAUAACACAGCAAGCCGAAUUCAUGGAAAUAUGCAAGACCAUGAUCCAGCAAUACGCCGCCAACAAGCGACACGCGAAGGAUUGGAUCAACUCUAUCAAGACAGAUGUCGUUCCCGCACUGUUUGGCAUUCUUCUCUGCGUACUUCCCAACUUACGUGAGUUGAACGUCAGCGACGCGUGGCUAAUGGAUUUUCCUUUCUUCGCCAACACACGUUCUCCGUCCGCCAUCGCGAACCCUCCACAUCCAUGGUUGUGGAGACACAGUUUCCUCAGUGGCGCACUCACAGCCACACUACCUCAUUUAACAGUGCUCGAGGUGCCCAGUGACAUGACGGCUUUGGUGUGGGAACAUAAUGUGAUCACGCUUUUUGAUUUCCGACGUUUCGAGACUCUAAAGGAAGUCACCCUUACCAUGAGAGCAAUCGAAGGCCAUACCAUCGCGCGCCAAGGAACACCCAACGCCAACCCGAGAGAGAUCUUUCCGAGGACACUGGAAAUAUUACGUAUCAGCGAAGCGACGCAUAUCACAGCUAAUUUCCUCAACGAUCUCUGUCUCGCCAAGAAAGCCUGCUGCUUUCCCAACCUGAAGCGGGUGGAAGCUUACCACAUUGAAUAUCUAGAGAAUACCAGGGCUCGUGCUGAUCUAGCAAGAUGCCUAGACCCAAUAGACGAUGUGCGCGCCAUGUUCCGCGAUGCUGAGGUUGCGGUGUAUCUCUAUUUUCCACCCUGGACCAUGAAGACUUGGGAUUCAGAAAGUGGCACGCCGUGGAGAAUGAAGAGUGAGCCGGAUAGGCUACGUCGGGGAGAAUAUACAUGUUAUCGGAAAGCUAUGGGUCCCUUUGGAGUACAUCAGGAACCGAUGGAUAGGAUUGAGAUUGAGUGGGAUGCCGAGGGAGACGUGGUCAUGCUCUAG